CAAACAGCUUUUAAUAAGUAAUUGGAAUAAUAGUAUUAAAGCUUUUGACAUGAUAACUUUCCGUAUACAAUUUACGAAUUGCUCCGUUACCACUUAACGUAAAAAUACUGAUCGAAGUCGGUAAUCAUGAAGUCCUUAAUGUCAAUCACAACGCUUCUAGCUAAUCGUUUAAGAAGUUUACAACCCGAGGAAACGUCGAUGUUGAGAUAGCAUCGAACGAUACAGACAUCAUUAAUUGGUAACCAUCUGAUUACGGCAUGUCGAUCAAUCACCUGCAAUCAAAACAUACACAGCGUGUAGAAAAGAAACGUAAUAGUUCUUAUCGUCUUCGGAACGAAGUGGUACAAAACCUUAUCAGCUUAUUUGCCGGCUCGUGUCGUGUAGUGUUUACACGGGGAAAAGUAAACGGUAAAACCAGUUUCUAAGCUACUCCUGUGGUUGAGUCUCGGCUUGGCAGGUGAGUCUGAGUGGUAGUUUGCACAAACGAAGUGGUAGAUUCUCGAAAAGAACCAAAACACCUGCAGCAACAAACUUGUAGGUAUACAAACAAACCAUUGAUAUGUCUGUUAUUGAUGACGCACAUGUGGGGAUUAGGGACUUCUACGAAUAAUGGGUCAUUGGCGUUUAUAUGAUUGCUGUUUCGUAUCCUAUUCGGCUUGUCAAUGAAUGUAUUUUUUUGCAUGGUUCGAUUCCCCCUAUUACAUCCAGUUGUACUAUUCAGUUUUAUAAAAAAAACUACAGAAAAUUGCUUAGAUUUUUAAUGCAAAACUGUUGUUAAGUGUCAUAGAGAAAAGAAACAAAACAACAAAAAGAUAUAAUUCUUUUAUUUCAUAACAGACAGUUACAAACGCAAAAACUUUCCGUUGACUUGAAUAAAGUUCACGAAAUGUUUUUCGUCCGCUUCCGAUUGACGCACAUUGUAUUGGCUAGCGCUAGCCAAUUCAUGCGUUAAACUCAAAACAGAGCAAUCAAUUCAUGCGGUGCUGCCGGACGGUGUAACUGACAAAGGGUUGUGAAUUUACACACGCAACCGCUAGAAGUAGUAACUGUCAGACAACCAACACGUUCGCUACUAAUCGAUUUGAGUGCGACUAGCGAAGAAGGCCUAACCUAGUCUAAGGUUGAGUCGCCUCGCCACGCCAUGCCAUGCAUGGUGAACGAUGAAUGAAGUCAGCAGUAGCCCAUUUUUGACACCCCUCCCCCCCUUUUUGAAUGCGUAAUCGAACGCAUGAAAAGUAUAACAUGACUGAUCGAUGUGAUAACAGCAAUAUCCCUAUACAGAAAUGGCCAACAUCAUUAGUUCGGUAUGAUGACGACAGAGCAGAGUGGUCUGCAUAGAAUUAGCGAGGAACUGGUUUUCAGUAAAGUGUUGGAUAACACACUGACGGAGGCUUGGACGGAGGCUAAGUGAUCUAUGAGUAAUUUGGAUCAGAUGAAGUUAUGAAAUGAGGCAUUUCCUAUUUAGUUGGUGAACGAAUGACUAAAUUGUGUAUUUUAUUGUGAAUAAAAUAAUAUCGUGCCUGCCACAUAACGUUUGCAAGUUUGCUAAAAAAUCACAAAUAAAAAUAAAACAUAAAACGGUAUGCUUAUAAUCAGUUCCCCCAAUCGAAUGAAUUUUAUUCAAAACUUAAAAAAAAUAUCAAAUUAUUUGGUGGGAGCAUUCAUGCUAUGGGUUCUGGCUCAGAUUGGCUUUCUAUGCUAUUCCGCAGAAUUUCAACCUAUUAUGUGGCUUAGUUGAUUCAAGCGCCGGUUUAGCGAAUACGGAGUCGUGGGUUCGAAUCCCACCAAAACCAGAAUUUGGAUCCCAUAAAUUUGAAACCUCGCUAAGCCAUUGAAGCAUAUUUUUUAUAUACAAAACAAAAUUAGUGGAAGCAUACUAAACAAUAAGAAAAGUAAAAGUUAUUAUUAUUAUUAUUAUCUUUAUUUACGAGAUUUUCAGCCCUGGGCUGGUUCAUCUCGGAGAUAGUAAAAGUAAAAACCCAACAAAUUUAUAGUUUCACAACCUGCACCACUAAAUCUGAUUAGAUUAGCGACGGACAGCUCUAACAACCGGCAGCCAGUAGUUGAACAAGUGAAACAAGUUUCAAUUGUAACUCUCUACAACGAAAGAUGGUCCGUCUUUUGAUUGAAUUGUGUUGCACCUAGUUGCGUUGCGUGCAGGUUUGGGGGUAAAUGUCUGGUCUGGUCUUGAGACGGGUGGCGCCACUAACGGCUUGGGUUGUUUUCAUUUUCUUUUUAUUUAUUUUUGUUGUCCAGAGCACAGACCUCGAGCGGGGCUGCUUGCUGCAGUUGUCCACCUUUGCUUUCUUUCCGAGGUAUGUGUAUAAUUUAAUUAUGAAUGAGAUUGGUCGUCGGUCAGUUGGUUAAAUGAAGUGGUGCCGUUUGACCUGUGUUUUGAGCGGAAUGAAUUUUGAAUGUAAUUCAGCUACGAGGUAAAGAAUGAGUGUAAUCAGUUAUUUGAUACUUGAUGGGCUACAACUCGUAGCGGUGAGUCUAUAUGCCGAAUAAAGCACUCGCCUCCAUUACUAGUGGUCUCAGUCCUGGGCCGAUUGCUUCCAGUCCUUAGGUCCUCAUCAAAUGUUUAGAGUUCUUAGGUCCUCCUCAACUGCAAAAGCCAAUGUGUUCGCGGCCUACCACAAACUGGUUCUCUUCUAAAUAUGAUUUUAGCUUAUUCUUCUUCCGGCAUACGAGCUACAUACCCAUCCCACCGCAGUAUGCCGUGUGCUAUUCGCUUCACUAUAUCCUAUCCAUCUUUUUAUAUACAAUUCGUAGUUCAUGCGGCGCUGCCAAAUGGCGCCCUCUAGUUUAUCGCCGAUUAUUGUUCGCAGCAUUUGACGUUCAAUGGCUCUUCGAACAACUUCUGUCAACGGUCACGAUUCAUGGCCGUAAAAAGCGACCGGAAGGAUCAGAGAAUCCGAGUUAACGCGACUUUGGUCUUCGUUCGCAGCCUACGGGACUUCAGCUGGUUUCGCAGACCGAAAAUGGCUUAAUUCGUAUCACUGUGGUAUGUCUGCUAUAUUAGGAUUCAACAUCUAGUGGUAAUCUAACAUCUAUGAAAGAAAACAUAGCGAACGAUCACGAGUUUGAUGAAAAAUAACCAAAAAUGUAUCAUAAUUGUCAGUGUCGCUGUCGGUGUUAAUUGUAAAGCCAAUUCCUCUUCCUGUCUUCCUCUUAAAAGGUAUGAAUGCCUCUUCCACGGCCUGACGGUCGAUCCUGAUGAUAUCGAUAUCGUCCGCGAAGCCCAGGAAUGCAACCGCGCAACAUUGGUUCUACUCUCUUUAACAACAGUUUUCUUUAUCACACCUUCCAUUGCUUCGUUGAAAAGUCAAUUCACAAGAGCACUACCCUGCUUCAGUCCGUCAAAGGUAACGAACGAUGGCGAAAUUAACACUGCCUUGAAAUCAAUAAACAGAUGAUCCGUCGACAAGGGGUUUUACUCCCGAAAUUUAUCGAGAAUCUGCCGCAGGGUGAACAACUGAUCCGUCGUUGAACGGCCAUCGCGAAAAUCCGCCUUAUAGGGUAUCGGGAUGCUUCGUUGGCAUAGUCCCCUCGUUCGGCCUAUCUUAACGUUAACCAAAAACUCAAACAAACAUGCCGAACUGGAUAUCGGAAAAGCUUUGCGCCAAACAACUGUAACAUUUCGUUUCAAUUUUAGCACUUUGGAGUAUUUAAAUUGUAUGAAAAUGUCACUUUGUUUAGCUUUUGUAGACGCCAUGAUUCUUCGGCUUAGUGGGUAGUAUAUACACAUAAUCAUAAAUGGCAUCAUUCUGGAAUAUUUCGAAUUGCCUUUUCAAUAACUGAACAUUUGAUGCGACGGGCAAAGAUGCUAGUUUGAAUUUGUAUGUUUGUUUUUAACGAAUAAUAACUAUUUUACAAAUUACAUGUGGGCCGAAUAUUGAGGACAUUUUUUUCACUAUGUACCCAAAUCUUGGCCCAUCAGUAAAGUGACGUCAAAAACACCGAUAAAGUGACGCCAACAACAUUGCUUACGUAAGAACCAGAAAGAACGAACAGAAAAAUAGAUUUUGUGUGCGGUGACUGUAAAAAUAUAACACAAUAAUCGGGUUGCAUUGUUUUCGUUACUAAAAAAGAAAGAACUUUAGUUUAAGUGAUUUAUUUAUAGUUUUUUGAAAAUUUGGCUCCAAAAAUGUAAUUUGAAAGUAUAAUUGGUGAGAAAACAGAGAUAAUACCUCAGCUGAAAUAUUGAAAAAAUGAGAUAAUAAGUGGUUCUACUGCAUGGAAAGCAAUGGGCCAACGUUGUAUCCACUAAUAGGCCAAUUUUUGUACCAUAGACCAACGUUGCAUACCAUCACAUCGAAUUUUUUCAACUUAGUUAAGUAAAUUCUUGAAUAUUUACGUUAGUUUACUUCCAAUUGGUGAAACAUGCAUUGCCUAGAGUGCGUAAUAGGGUCAACAUAUUAUUUCUAGUGCUAUUAAUUCAUGAGUUAUGGUCAAAAUUGUCAAGGCGGUUUGCAAAUUAGGCCAAGGAAUGAUCCAUAUACCCUAUUCGCCGACGCAGGGCUCCUCAAUCAGCCUCAGUCUGUUAAACAGAAUUCCGGACACAUUUUAUUACGCCGAAUUAAGAAGUGUUAUUCCUCUUUAAUUCACACAUUCCAGUUGGUGCUCUGUCUUGUAUAGAGGGCAAAUGAGGGGCAUCCAACUAACUGGCAGGCAGUUAGUCCUCUUCCCACAUCUUCAAUAUGAAACGGUGUAAGAGUUAACAAAAUUGCUUACUACCGUGCUUCAGAAGCUCGACCGGCAGUUCAUCCUUCCCUUGCUGUUCUUCCGUCUACUAAAGGCUGCUUGAUUUUGUCUAAAUGCUCUCUCCUCCCUGCCGCCACCAUUGUUUUAUCUGUUAUUACGGUCGUUGCACAUGACGAAAGGAGGCACAGUUUUUCUCCUCACGCCAUCAACAGUUUCGUAAAACCUUCGCAUAUCACAACAUAGAAUGUUUUCCCAUAUUAAAUCCAAUACAAAUACGGGGACACAAUAAACUGAGAAACAGGCUUGGUUCCAGUGAGGACGUUACGCCAAGAAGAGAAGAUGUAUCUCUAAAUAGAGAAUUAUCGCUCAUCUUCUUUGCUCUAAAUUUGUCCAUGAGUGCAAUAUCCGGGAGUCCUGCUUGCAUGUUGACCUACUAUUGCUGGCAUCUGGUCAUGUUGAGCAGUCACAUAAUAAGCAAAUUCUAAUUGAUACAAAUUUUAGGAGAUUAACUCGGUUUCAUCGGCUCCACAAUUAAAACCGAAUCGUAAAUCUACAGCUUGAUCUACAGUUUACUCGCACUGACCAGCUAGUCGCUUCCAUUUGAAUUCAUUCAUGCUGAUUGAUUGACAACAAGCUGGCUCACCAUGAAUUGACCGUGAAUAAGUGACAUUUCUCUGAGUGAUUGAAACGUAAACUUGUUUUUAUGACAAUGAUAGGAUGUUGUACUGAGAGCCCGCCAACGACGGUGUUAUUGUUGAUUAAGUUGUAAUAUAGUCAUCAGUUCCGUCAAUAAAACUUUUAAUGUUCUUGUAUGUGUUGAAAUGACAGCACAUUUCCUCCCGUGUAGCCAAAUUCUAAUACAGCUACGAUUAUGUAUAGUUUUAUUUCCCUUUUGAUGUGUGCUGCCAUCUGUUUGUGACUUAAGCUGUCUUGAAAUAUUUCGGCAAGAGAAAACGCAUAAAAAUUCGUGGGGUGCAUAAGCACAGGCGCAACCAAAAAAAUAAGCUAAUUGCGUCGUAGUUAUUUUCCACUGGUCUAUUAUCAUCAGCGAAUUUAAACAGCCAUACUAAUUGGAAAUGGAAAACUACCUGGUAAAUUCUCGCUCUCCAAAACUGACCAAUGAAAAAUAAGAUUUUAACAAAUCCGUACAACAUUGUGCAGUAAUUGCGCCUCAGGUUUUAAGUUCAACCCACUUCGAAUCGCGUUCGUUUGGUUAUUCUGGUGGAGUACGUGCUAGUGCAAUCAAGUGCAUUUUGCAGUGAAAGUUUUUGAGCUACUAUUGAGCUUUGAAAUCAAGUUGUGAUUAAAAAGAAACUAAAUUCGAAGUAAUGCUACGCGAUUUUAACUAGAAUUCCUUGAAAUAAUUUUAUUUAUGUGUUUUUUUUAGUUGAAUUUAACGAGUUCAUCAUUUUUUAUUAGAAUUUGAAAUAAAAGUGAAUCUAAAUAGGAAGGACAGAUUAGUCAGGCAAGUGAAGCCCAACAACGUGGGCGGCUAAUCUGGGUCUCGGCCAGUAACGGUCAUUUGUGGGUGGCAUUUUCCACCCAAGUGCUUGCGCAUAAGUGACUCCGACAACAACAUCAGGAGAAAGUCCGACGAAAUCCGGGGGUGCCUGUCCUGGAUGCACCCCGUGACGACUCGCUACGUCAAGCCGUGAAGCAAAGAGCGACGCUACCAAACGCUCUCACUCCACCGAAGCCGGGGACGCCUUUACCCCGAAGAUUGAUGCUCACGCGCGAGUCGACUGAUCGGAUCGGACCAUCUGCGUAGCGCAAAGCCACCGUUCGUCGAGGAACAUCUUCCGACGCUGGAAAGACGCCUGAGAACUACCGCCGUUGGAGCAACGCCUAGAGUUCAGGUCAGACGUUAUUAGGGCCUGUGUAAUAAAUUUAGGCACAUUUGUUUUAAUUUGCUCCCAUUAGACGUGACGUCACAAAGCUAGGUUUGCCUUGGCUAAUAUUAUAGAACCGAACAUUUUUAAUAAAUUCUGAAAUUAGGCUUGGUGCAACUCUUUAAAUUCAGCAGUUGCUUUCUUUUUUUAAAUCGAAAAAAGUUGUUGAAAUUUGAAUUUUACUUCGAGUUUGGUACUACACUUUGCCAGAUUUCGGUCGAAAAUUUGAAGAAUUUUGUCGGAGUUGUUUGAAUUUCUAGCUGAGACACUUUUUACUGUAUUUUUUUUUUUAUAUUUCAAAUAGCGAUUUGGUUUCCCUUUCUGAUUAGAAUUUGGCUGUUGGCAUUUCGAUUGGGUCCAGGUGGAGUUUCGGUUCGCGAAUAUAACUGUUGGCCUGCCCUGAGGAGGCAGUCUCUAGCCGGGUAUUUUGACAGAGUUAACGGUCCUUUUUCGAAAGGUGGCGCUUAAGCCGUUGGCUUUAACGAAACGGAACGGAACGUUACAUUUGGCGCCCAACGUGGGGCCGAAAAACAGUUAGUUGAUUUUGAAAUUGGGUUCUGCCCGAGAAAUAAACUAGGUUUUUGAAUAAAUUUUGGUAGAAUUUUGAAUUUUGUUGAUUGAGCACUGAACUGAAUAGGAAUUUGGAUUUUUGUACAUAUUUUGGCGUAUUUUUAGGUUUGAUUGGGUUUAGUCUUACAUUCGGUAAAUUUAAGAAAUUUGGGUAUAAUUUAAGGAAAAAUCUCAUUCUCAAAGAAGUUUAGUGCUUGCAAUUCGUAAUUGAUUUUUUUGUUCUUUAUCAAACAAUAAUUUACUGUGGUUUUCAGCUGAAUUUCAUUCUGUGUAUAUAUUAUAUCAAUUUGUCUUGAUUUUUUUUUGUCUCUCGGAUAGAUUAUAAGAUUUUCAACUGUCAAUCGCGUUUGAAUUUCCGGCAGUACAUUGAAUUCUAAAAAUCAGUUUCUAGCUUAAAUUUCAAAAAUGUCGUAUUACAAUAUUAACGCGAAUGCUCUCGAUGAAGAAGAACUGAAUUACGAGUUGUGUAUUCGUGGUUGUUCGGUCGACGGGUCGUUAGAUACUCGACGUAGAACUUUGCGGAAAGUGUUGCGAGAAGUUGAAGUGCCCGAAGUGCGUGAAUCCGUGCAUUCUUUUGAAGAUGAGUUUGAUGUGGUACCCGUAAAGCUUCAGCAGAUUGAGAAACAGGUUCAGACAGGAGUUGAGUCCGGAAGCUGGUCACGUUUGGUGCAUUUGCAUAAAAGACUUCGCCGUUAUGGAACGUUUAGUCAGGAUCAACUCAACCGGAAGUCCGCUCUGCUGGAUGCUGUCACACGAAUGGCUAUGGCAUACUUCAAUGUCGAUCUGAACGAAAUCAGUCAGGAUGUGCCCUUGAUGACGUUGGUUCCGGUAGGAUUGGCCUUAGUAGCUGCUGGUGCAAACCAGGUGCGGGAGGAUACUGGAGCUUCGCAGUCACAGCCCGGCCCAACGAACUGGGAGAUGCCAAACCCACAACGACUUGGCGCAGUCCCAAAGAAGCAAGCGACGGGUGAGAGUUUAAUCCUGUUUUCGCCGGAGCCGCAAGAGGAGUUGAGGGGCAUCCCUCGACGUCAAACAUUCCCGGCAAUGAGUGGAUACAAUCCUGGAGGUUUCGAUGAGCCACUGCAACCUGUGAAGGCGUCGUUGGAAGGUACUCCCGAGAGGAAUCAAUCACCGCAGGGAGCGAUCGGCUUUGGGAUUGGUGUUUUGGGCACUCCACAGUAUCGGACGUCCGUGCAGAUGCAGAUCAAUCGCCCAUCUCCGAUUCCCAAGAUGUGUGGUCAGCCGAUUGGUGAAAGUAGUGGUGUAAAUCGUCUAGCUCAGUUUGGACACGACGAACAGGUGAAAUCGUAUGGAAUGGUUGGAGCUGAAGUCAAUCAAGAUCGAGCACUCGAACAUUGUCAGCAUAGAACCAGAGAUUCCGCCCACGCUUCUCCGGUUUGGCCGCAGCUGUCGUGUCUAGAAGGAUCGCCGCACAGGAUCAGCGUCGACAACAGACCUCCGUCGGUACCUAGGGUGGUGACUCAUAACGUAAAUCCGAAUGAAACAAGAAUGAAUGAUAAUGAGUACGUACAUAAGUCCGAAAUAGAAGGCUACAUCCGUAAUUACCUGAAUCAGAUAUACCGUAGAGCUCCUAGUGGCCCUGCUGUCAACUCUCCGAUAAUUCCGAGUCUUUUGGAUCAGUUUGCUAAUUUGCAGGUUCACGAACGAAAUGCUUCUCAGAUGCAGGAAACGAAUUUGCUUCCGCCGAUGAAUCGCGUUUCAAGUUUGAGCCUAGACCCUCCGUUGCAGCUGACUAGAGGUCGACCGGAAUUGCAGGAACCUGUACGAGUACAAAUACCGAUGAUUAACGAGAGGAUGCCCAAUAUGUCGACUAGACCAGUCUCUAGAGCACCGUUAGUUGAUGAAACGUUUCAGAAUCCCAGAUCGUUUUCACCUUCGGCAAAUCCCAACAACCCCUAUCGUACGAGACUCCCACAUCAGACGUGUAACAUCAUCGAAAAAUGGCCAAAAUUUUCGGGAGAUUCGAAUCCUGUACCUGUGGUUGAUUUUCUGCGUCAAUUGGAGAUUUUGAGCCGCUCGUAUCAGAUCACGAACAGGGAGCUGCGUAUGCAUGCGCAUCUGCUGUUUAAGGACGACGCGUAUGUAUGGUUUACGGCGUAUGACAGCAAAAUGGAUACGUGGGAAACGCUCUUGACCUAUCUCAAAAUGCGUUACGAUAACCCAAACAGGGAUCGCUACAUAAAGGAAGAAAUGCGGAAUCGGAAACAACGGCCAAAUGAAUUGUUUAGUGCCUAUUUGACGGACCUAGAAGCUAUGUCUCAACGAAUGAUAAGGAAAAUGUCCGAUGAAGAGAAGUUCGAUAUCAUUGUUGAGAACAUGAAGCUGUCGUAUAAGAGGAGGUUAGCCUUAGAACCAGUUUACUCAAUUGAGCAUCUGGCACAAUUGUGCUACAAGUUUGAUGCUCUUGAGGGAAACUUAUACAAUCCUCGUACACCCAGCAAACCAAACCUGCUGAAUCAACUGGAUUUUGAAGACGAAAUGCCUGAUGAUUCGACUGAGUGUGAAGAAGCCGAUUUGUUGGCCAUUCAGCGUUCGAAAAAUUGGAAGCCUGUUGGAAAAUCGCAGCUGACGGUCAAGGAAACGGCAGAGCAAGCCGCUGAAAUGAGUUUGUGUUGGAAUUGUCGUAAGAAUGGACAUCUUUGGCGAGAUUGUGAACAGCGAAAGCAAAUUUUCUGUCACAUUUGCGGAAAUGCUGAGACGACUGCAUACCAGUGUCCACAGAAGCACAAUUUGCGUCCAAAAAACGAAUAGAAUCGGGGAAUUCCGGGAACGGUUCUCCAGGAAAUUGCAACGAAAAUGUUCCCUAUCCCAACUAUCGGUACUUCAGCCAAAAUUACAGCAUUAACACUAAGUUCCAAGCGUGCCCACAUCUACAGGUCAAAAUACUGAAUGAAGAGAUCGAAGGUUUGGCGGAUACAGGUGCUGGUGUUUCGAUAAUAAGCUCUCUGGAGUUGAUCGAGAAACUUGGUCUUCAAAUUCAGCGAUGUAACGUGAAGAUAAGAACCGCGGACAGUACUGAAUAUACGUGUACGGGAUACGUCAAUGUACCAUACACUUACCAAGACCUGACUAGAGUGAUUCCGACCAUAAUAGUUCCGCAAGUGUCGAAGAUUUUGAUCUUAGGAAUGGAUUUCCUGAAUGCUUUCAACUUUAAACUCGUGGUUCAGCUAAUUCGGAGCAGUUGGAUGUACAAAAUUUCGAGGACGAGGACGAAGCCAUUGACGCGUUGCUGGUGGAAAACUUUAACGCUGAUGAAGAACAAAUCUGUUUCGAAAUAGUUCCUGA